AGCUCCUUCCUUCAUCCAACGGUCUGUUAACUAUAGGAAAAUUUACAACCGCAAGUCAAAGGUUUAAAGAUGUUAUUAAAUUAAGUAGUUAUGGUUGUAUCUGUCGUUCUUCUUCCUGAUGAACCAGGCCGUUGAAGCACAACAGUACAGUGUGUACUACAAGCCUACAGAUUCGCUGUCUGUACAUCGAGUUGAUACAUUACUAGUUAUAUUUAAUAAUUGAGAAAGAUAAUAUUAAUAAGUAAAUUAUUGUAGGAAUUAAUCAGACACGCGCAGUUAUAAAAUAAUCUGUUUGAUUUUCUUUUCUUCUUCGAGCCCCUCUCUUUCUCUCACUCUUUCUUUAUAGGAACAACAAAAACAAAGCUGUUAGACAUCUCCUUAUUUCUCGAGAUUUCUUCUCUCUUUGUGCUCGUGUCGAACACCACAAACUGUUUUAUUCUUUUUGUUCCGACAAGACUGUAAAAUGGAUAGACGUCGCAGGAAACAGAGCAAGGCCAAAGCGUCAUGUUCCGAAGAAGUGAGUAGCAUCGAAUGGGAAGCUGUGAAGAUGUCGGAGGAAGAAGAAGAUCUCAUUUCUCGGAUGUAUAAACUCGUUGGAGACAGGUGGGAAUUGAUAGCCGGAAGGAUACCUGGACGGACGCCGGAGGAGAUUGAAAGAUAUUGGCUUAUGAAACACGGUCUCGUUUUUGCCAACAAACGAAGAGAAUUUGUUAGGAGAUGAUUUUUAUGCAUUUUCCUCUCCUUAAUUCACAACACAAGAAACAAAUGAGAGAAGUAGUAGUUGUCCUUUGAGUUACUAUUUUGGAUGUAUAAUUUUCUAUAUAAAAAAAUAGGACUGGUUAUGGUCGUAGCAUUUUAGUUGGUGAAAUGUAAUGUUCUUGUCAUUAAACAUAGAUUAUGGAGACUCUAGAUUAUGAGUGUAAUUUCAGGUUUAGAUUGAGUAUAACUUUGCCAUGGAUGGAGAUUAUUAUUGGCUUUUAAUUCCCAAUGAAGUUUGAUUGUACUUGAUGACAAUUAAUAAAGAAUGAUUAUAAUAUAUUUUUUUGAAUAAA